AUGAAUAGAGCAGGAUACAAAGAACUUCAGCAAGAAGACCAACUAGACGGCUUGGAUAAACAGACCACCGUGAGACACGGAAAAUAUCAAGAAGAAAACCUCGCCUCAUCAUGCGAAACCUUCUGGAAUAUAUGCAAUACAAUUCAAGGGUUACCAAUUUUGGUUAUCCCUUAUGCUUUCAAAGAUGGUGGCUAUUUAGCGCUUUCAACUUUACUACUAGUUGCUGUUGCUUCAAACUACACUGGAAAAACUAUUGUUAACUGUCUGUACGAAGCAGACCACGAGAGUGGCAAAAGAAAACGGGUCCGCAAUUCGUACGCAGAUGUUGGAAACGCUUUCUUUCCGAAUAUUGGUGGUUAUCUUGUCCUUGGUACACAGUUCUUGGAGCUUCUUUUUGUCGCCGCUGUUUAUCCGUUGUUGGUUGGACAGUUACUAGCCAAGUCUUUUCCACACAUCGCCAUUCCCUGUUGGCUUUGGACACUGAUCGGUGGCAUUGCGUUUGUGCCAAAUAUUUUUCUUAAAAAUCUUUCUCAGGUGGCCUGGACAAGUGUACUAACAGUGCUGUCAGCCAAAGUCAUUUUCACUACAGUUCUCAUAUACAGUUUGUCGCAUUUUCAGAAAUGGGAGAUUAGUUCCUUAGAUCAGUUUGACGCCAGCACAUAUCCAUCUGCUUUAGGAAUACUGGUAGCAAGCUAUUUAUCACAACCAUUUGUACCUCUCAUCGAAGAAAGCAUGCGUUACAAGAAAAGAUUCAACUCACUGAUGAAUUUAUCUUAUGGCACAAUGACAUUACUAAAUGUCAUCAUUGGGCUGGUCGCUUAUCUCUCGUUUGAAUCUAAUACUCACGAAGUUGUCACUAAUAAUCUGCCAAAAGGUUCAUUCCGUCUUUCCGUCAACGUUAUGGCGGCCGUGUUAUCCUUCACAUCAUACACGCUGCCAAUGUUCACAAUUUUUGAAAUCGUGGAAAACUCUAACCUCCCUUGCCUACCGAUGGAUUUUGGUAAAUCUGUGUUAAGUCCAUCCGUUAUUGUUUUUCGCUUGUGGAUGGUAACAGUCAGUGUUUUAUUUGCGGCUACUUUUCCCGCCUACACUUACCUCCUGGCUUUUGUCGGCAGCAUUGCGGGAAUUAGUUUGGAGUUUAUUUUUCCUCCUCUUUUCCACCUUAAGAUUUACUCGUCAGAAAUGUCCUGGUACAGUUUUUUACUGGAUGCUGUGAUCCUACUUGUUGGGAGUGCUGUGUUGGUCACCGGAUCUAUAUUUUCGCUGCGUUCAAUAAUUCAAGCCUACAGCAAUCCUAUCAGUGGUAAUUGCGCCUGA